AAUCCAAAUCACUCCAAAAAGCACCUCUCCCUCAAGAGAUUCCUUUCUCUACUAUAAAACCACGAUUUUACACACACUGACACAGUGACUAGUUUAUUAAACAAAAAUAUGGCAACUUCACUUCUCCUUUCAAAUUCUCUUCAUCCAUUCCCUUAUUUUCACAAAUCGAAGUUCAAUCUUGGCAAAGGAGUUGAAAAGUUCCCGUAUUCCAAUAAGCCCACUAUAGUUAGACCUUUUAAAAUCGUGGUUCUUGACACCCCAACUGGCCUGGUGUCUUAUUUGAACUCCGGAAAGGUUCGGUUGUUGGCCGUGGGGCAGAAAACGGAGAAAAAUGAUACCCUGGUUGGAGAAGAUUCCGCGGAAUUCGACCUGUCUAAACAAAGAAUUUCUUCUUGGGUUUACUUCGCUGGUGUUUUAGGAGUUGUUCUUUUUAUCCUCAACGUUGUCUGGAUCGAUAAUUCAACUGGGUUCGGUAAAGAUUUCAUCAGUGCAGUUUCUAGCCUUUCCCAAAGCCACGAGGUUGUAAUGCUUACUCUGACUUUCAUUUUUGCGUUAGUCCAUAGUGGCUUGGCAAGUCUCAGAGACAAAGGUGAGAAGCUCAUGGGGGAACGUGCUUACCGUGUCUUAUUUGCCGGAGUGUCUCUUCCAUUGGCUGUUAGUACUGUUGUGUACUUUAUUAACCACAGAUAUGAUGGCGUCCAGUUAUGGGAGCUACAGAAUGUUCCGUGGCUACAUCAUGUUUUGUGGCUCACAAACUUUAUUUCCUUCUUUUUCCUUUAUCCGUCAACCUUCAAUUUAUUAGAGGUAGCUGCUGUGGACAAACCGAAAAUGCAUCUCUGGGAAACGGGGAUAAUGAGAAUUACAAGGCAUCCGCAGAUGGUUGGGCAGGUGAUGUGGUGUUUAGCACACACCGUAUGGAUCGGCAAUUCUGUUACGGUGGCAGCUUCUGUCGGUUUGAUUGGGCACCACUUAUUUGGUGUCUGGAAUGGGGAUCGACGAUUAGCCAUUCGUUAUGGUGAAGAUUUUGAAGUUGUGAAGAGCAGGACAAGCGUGAUCCCGUUCGCAGCUAUUAUUGAAGGUCGUCAAAAAUUGCCCAAGGAUUAUUACAAGGAGUUCAUCCGUUUACCAUACUUAACAAUCACGGCAUUAACCCUAGGUGCAUACUUUGCUCACCCUCUUAUGCAGGCUGCAAGUUAUGGCCUUCGAUGGUAGUUUGGCAUCAAGUUGGUGCACACGUCCAAUUGAUCUUUUGAAAUUUUGUUUAUACCUGUUCCCUGAUGAAAAGGGCAGAAGUAAAAAAUCACAGUUCACAAGAUCUACUGUUCUGAAGUGACUUGUAAAUUUCAAUUUUGAUGGAGAAUGGGAUUGCUGGAUCCUCUCUUUCUUGUUGCUACAUAGUGGCACUGUCUACAAGGGCAAAAAUAUUUCAUGCAUGAAACCUGAGACAUUAACAUUGGCAUGGAUGCAACGUUCUGAACAGAAAUGUAAAAUUUCAUUGCGCACAUGUAUAUAAAGUUUUCAACAAAUUCAAGAAUUUACAAGUAAAUGUUUAUCUUUUUGUUUUUGUUUUUUUUUCCUCACUUCGAUGGAUGGGGAUACUUGAUCAAGGGAAUUAAAGUUAUUCUA